AAGAUGCCUGCAAUAAACAUCAAAAGACAAGAACAGGAAUUAAAUUUUUAUUUUGUCUUCGGUACACAUGGGGAAUAUGCGUCUUUAAUGAGAAACAGCAUCAAAUGGAGUGUCUUAAUCUACAGCGUGCUCAUUAUUUUUUAGCUGUAAUUUUUUUAUUCAUAUGAAUGCUUUAAUUUAGACACAUUUAAUUAAGUUUUUGUUCAGUUUGGAACUGGCUUCAAAAAUAAAGACAGAAAACAUAUUUUGAAAAGGCCCAAACAACAGCAAAUGUUUAAAACCUAGCAAAAACGUGCGUUUCUUGAACGCCUCUCAGCUCAUUAUCAUAAAUGCUGUCGUCACUUUAUUUUGGCGCGACUGCUAUUCACGUCUACAGCACUGAUGGUUGACUUUCUCUAGUCUGGCACCGUUUUAAUCUUUCUUUAGAUAAAUAACGAUUCAGCAAUUCCACCGCCGCUCACCGCCAAAGCUAUUCAUAGGAUGAUUGGACAGAAGACUAUUAAUUCAUUUUUCUCUCCAGUCUCGAAGAAGAGGGUUUCUAAGGAGUUAAAUGACACCAAGGGGGAUGCUAAAGAGCUGAAGAAGCAGAGGCCUGCUGCGGUUGAGUCUGAGCCGGACACCACGUCCCCUGCUUCCCUCUCCGCGGAGCAGCUGGAUCGGAUCUCCCGCAACAAGAGGGCGGCGCUGGAAAGACUCGCUUCCGUAAACGCACCGCCAGGGUUCGGAGAGAGCUGGAGGAAGGAGCUGUCGUCUGAGUUUUCUCGGCCAUAUUUCAAACAGCUGAUGAGUUUUGUCUCGGAAGAGAGGAAACGUCACACCGUAUUCCCUCCUGUUGAACAUGUGUUCACCUGGACGCAGACGUGUGGCAGCAGAGAUGUCAAAGUGGUGAUUCUGGGUCAAGAUCCUUAUCAUGGCCCAGGCCAGGCGCAUGGAUUGUGCUUCAGCGUGAAAAGACCCGUUCCUCCUCCACCCAGUUUGGAGAACAUGUACAAAGAACUGGCAUCUGACAUUAAAGGAUUUCAGCAUCCGGGCCAUGGAGAUCUGACUGGAUGGGCCGAGCAGGGCGUGCUGCUGCUCAACGCCGUCCUGACGGUCCGAGCGCACCAAGCCAACUCUCAUAAAGACAAAGGUUGGGAGGCGUUCACUGACGCUGUGGUGCAGUGGGUUAGCACCAACCUGGAGGAUGUUGUCUUCAUGCUGUGGGGAUCAUAUGCUCAGAAAAAAGGAGCUGCUAUAAACAGGAAACGCCACCAUGUCCUGCAGGCCGUGCAUCCCUCUCCCCUCUCUGCUCAUCGGGGAUUCUUUGGAUGCAAUCAUUUCUCAAAGGCCAAUGAGCUGCUAAAGAAAUCUGGGAAGUCUCCAAUAGACUGGAAAGCUCUUUAAGUUCUAUUUGUUAGCGUUAUCUACAGAAUGUGUUCAAUAACUACCGAUCAAAACCACUGAUAAGCUUCUGAGUCUCUGUUUCAGUCAAAUAUUCUUGUUUUAGAAAAAAUGUCAUCUCUGCUGUUUCAUUUUCCUCAAACUUGCCAUUGUGCUUCAGAAGUGUUGACUGGGUUCAGUGUUGUAAAUACGUGUGUUCACUGUUUUUUUUAGUUUGCACAAUAAAGUUUCUUUCAUGA